AGAGUCAAAGAAAAGUUUGUUUUGGAUAGACCUUGAACGCAAAAUAGUUAGGGGGCGGCGGAUUAAAGAGCUACUUUACCUUCAUCGAUGGGCCAAAACUGGAAUUAAGGGGAGGGAAAUCUCCAAAAGUAUCGAGAAAUGACGACGCAUUACUCAAACGCUUCUGGUGGCUCGGAAGAGCAAGUGCAUCUGAUGAACGAUGAAGAACACGAGUCCGAGAGUCCUCAGUCUUCCCGUCUAAAUCGGAAGAGUUUGGUGAUCUUUUUUGGAAUUACAGCGGUAGCAGUAGCGUUAGUAGUAGGAACAGUUAUGGUGUCUUUAUAUUCUGGUAAAGGUGAAUCUUUCCCAGCUAAAAUGGUUCGAAGUGCAGAUAAGUUUCAUUUUCAAGAUAUUUUCAGUGGUCGUUUUUCUCCAGCAAUGUAUUCAUGUGACUGGGUAGAUGAUGAUAAAUACAUAACUUCCACACAAGAUGGAUUUGUAUUAAAAGAUUUAACCAUGAAUAAACCAGUUGUUUUACUAGAUGCUGAUACAAAGAGAAAAUUGGGGAUCCACAAACAUUGGUUUUCACCUGACAGAAGAUACAUUCUUUAUAUUAAAGAUCAAUUACAGCAAUACAGAUAUUCAUUUUUUGCAAAGUAUUAUGUGUAUGAUCUCGUGAAUAGAGAUAUUAUUCAAAUUGAUCCUGGGAAAGGAGAAGAUGCCAAGAAAAUACAAUAUGCCACGUGGGAUGAGAGUGGAAGUAGUUUGGCAUUUGUGUAUAAAAAUGACAUUUAUUACAUGGAGUCACCCAGGUCAUCUGUCAAGCGGCUGACUGAUAGUGGUGUGGAACACAAGAUCUUUAAUGGCAUCCCAGAUUGGGUGUAUCAAGAGGAGGUACUCAACUCUGACCAUGCCCUGUACUUUUCCCCCGAGGCUACGUACAUCGCUUUUAUUCAGUUUGAUGACACUCAAGUGAUCUUGUAUCAGUUUCCUUGGUAUGGUGAUAAGAAAGAUUCAUAUACCUCAAUACGGAAGAUUGCAUAUCCCAAACCAGGAUAUCCAAACCCAACAGUGAUUGUGAAUGUGACUCACCUGGAGACUGGGAACACAGUGUCCUUGUUGGAACCUGCAGAUUUCCGGAAAAUUGAUCAUUAUGUUGUGAACAUUGCAUGGGCUUCAGAAACAGCUGUAAUUGUGACCUGGCUUAACAGAGAUCAGAAUGAAGCAAUUAUUCAUAUGUGUGACCUGCAGCAGACAUCUUCUUAUCUGCGCUCCAUCUGUAAACAGAACUCUGUUGUUAAAGUGCAGAAUGGUUGGGUGGAUGAUAAGUACCAAACUCCUCACUUCUCCAAAGAUGGAUCUUACUUCAUUACAAAAUGGCCAUUUUCACAACCAGGUGGUGUGGGAAAAUUUAUUCAUCUUGCAAAGAUAGGGACAAAGGGAAACACAGAUCCUGUAGAAUUAACUAGUGGAGCUUGGGAAGUUGUGAAGAUUCUUGCUCAUGAUGACAAAAAUGAGAUAGUAUACUUCAGUGCAACCAAGGAAUCACCAACUCAGCGUCAUAUCUACAGUGUGAAGAUAAAAUCAGGAGAGCUUUCCUGCUUGACUUGUGGUCUACCCACAGUGAUAAAGGGAAACAAGUGUUCCUACUAUAGUGCAAGUUUCAGCCUUGGUGGUAGCUGGUAUAUCUUGUACUGUCAAGGACCAGGAAUACCUGAAGUAACUCUUCGAAGCACAAAGAGUAGUAGAGUUGAGAUCCUGGAAGAUAACAGUGCCCUUCGUGAAAGAUUGGAUGGAGUUUCUUUACCCAUAGUGGAAAAUUACAUUGUGAAAAGUGGUAGCUAUGAUCUCUAUGUAAAAGAAUAUCGCCCACCAAACUUUACUCCAGAAAAGAAAUAUGCUGUUCUGUUUUCAGUGUAUGGUGGUCCAGCAUCACAGAAGGUUGUUGACAGUUAUGGUUAUGGAUUUGAAACUGGUUAUUUAGUCAGCAACUUUGACUUGAUUGUGGUGAAUGUUGAUGCCAGAGGAACAUGCUGCAGAGGAGAAAGAUUUAAGCAUGAAGUUUAUAAACAUCUGGGAGAAUAUGAGGCUGAAGAUACAAUUAAUGUUGCCAAGGAAAUUGCAAAGAAAGAUUAUGUUGAUGAAACAAAGAUGGCCAUAUGGGGCUGGUCAUAUGGAGGGUACUUGACAUCCUAUGUUCUUAGUGUUAACUCUGGGGUGUUUAAACUUGGAAUGGCUGUUGCUCCUGUCACAGACUGGAGAUAUUAUGAUUCCAUUUACACUGAACGUUACAUGCUCACUCCUAAACAAAACUUAAAGGGAUAUGAGAUAUCAUCAGUUCUUAACAAGGCAAAAAAUUUCCAAAAUGAUAGUUUUCUUCUGGUACAUGGAACAGGAGAUGAUAAUGUACAUUUUCAGAACACUGCUCAGUUAGUAGCAGCUUUGACGAAGGCAGGGGUCAAAUAUCAAGUCCAAUUUUAUCCGGACAAAAACCAUGGUUUGAGUGGCGAUGGAACGUCACCACAUCUGUACCAUUUACUCACAAGGUUUCUUGUGGAAAAAUUGUCCCUAAACAGUUAAUACAAAGGAAACUGAAUGGUGUUGAGUCUGGUCAAGCAGUAGUUCUGAUAUAUUAAGUUAAUAUUAUCAUUUUUGUCUUAAAAAGGACACAAGUUAGUUAGUUGUAAGAUAUUAUUUUUGUGGGGUAUUUAAGUAAUGCACUCUUCUGGAAAGACUGCAAUGUUAAUUCCUAAGUUGAAAAUUUCUUUUAAGUAUAUGUUUUUUAAAUAUGAAAGAAUUAAAUAUUUCUUUCCAACAAUCAGAUGGUAAUCAUCCAAGCAACCUUUAUGAAUGUGCAGCUUAGGAGAAAGAACAGAAUGAAUGGUAUUUUUUGGAGUGACUUUACUGAAUACAUCAGCUUUUGGCUGUCACAUCAGUUUGCAAAGACUGUGCUUACCAUAACGUUGGCAUUUGCCAAUUCAGCAAUCUGAAAUAUUUGAGUGUUUACCAUAUAUGUAGGUGGUAGCAUUUAUUUUGUGAAAGCAUUCCUCAUAAUUGCAAAAAUUGCAGUAUUAUUAAAUCAUUGUAAGGGUAUUUGUUUGAAUAAUUAUGAAUUUAAAGAUGUGUGAUGUGAGACAAAAACUGUCCUCUGUUUGAGCCUGAAAAUGUUGAAAUUAAAAAUUAUUGGAAAGUCAACUACAUAUUUCUCUUAACUUAUAAUACAUCUUAAAGUACUUAAACCUCCAAUUGGACAGUGAGGAGCACCCCUCAUACUUAUUAAAUGUACGCACAAUGUUUAAAUGCUUGUAGCAGAAAUCUACAUUUAAUUAAUUUUCUUUUGAUUAGAUGGUUUAAUAGUAAUAUCCCUUAUUAGUUUCUUAAUGAAACAUUCAUACUUAUGCUAGUGAUGUGAAUCACACAGCCUUUGUAAAUGGGCUUAUAUUGAAAGCCAGAAAUGUUUUUCUUUUUCAUAAUUUUUUAAGGUUUAUUGUAUUAAUGAAAAAGGAGCCUGCAUUAAAAAAUUAAUGAUAUUGAGAUUGAAGGAAUAUGAAUGUUUCAGUAUACAUUAACACAGCUCUUUUUCAUCACUGUGAUAGAAAUUAUAAAGUUUGUGGGGGUUUUUCAUGAACAAAAAAAAUCUGAGUCUGGUUUUUCGCACAAGACCAUGUCAUGCCAGCACCCACAGUCUGCCACAAUUCAUUCAAGAUACCAGAGGUUAGCUUAGGGUGGCUGAGGGUUAAUGGGGUAGAACAUGGCUAAUUUAGGGUAGAUGUGGGUUAACGUGGUAUAAUAUGGUUAACUUAGGGUAGAUGUGGGCUAAUGCAACAUGGUUCACUUAGGGUAGAAGGGUUUAACAUGGCAGAAUAAGGUGAGCUAGGACAAGUCAUAAGUCAUAUUUAAAGCAUAUAACAUAAAUAUUGUCAGCCAUUUUGUCGUCUUUAUGGCAUUGAAGUAUAUACCUGGGAAGUAUAUACCAGGAAUCGAAGUUAGUGUUGGAAGAAUAAUUGCCUAGAAAUUUUGCUAAACUAACAUAAAGAGUCAGUAAUGUUUGAUAGUAUUAAGAGUCUCACUUUAUCUUUUCGAUGCAAUUAUCAGGGGUUGCAAAUCAUAAACUCCUCGAGACAAUAAUUGUUCUGAAGUUACUGACAUUCUAUCGACAGGUUACUAACACCUUAUUGACAGAUUACUGACAGUUGGUCAACUGUUGGCCAACAGAUGUCCUGAAGAAGUUAUCCCUUCAGCAAAACCUAAAUAAAGCUGUCAGAAAAGUCGGUAAGCUGUCAGCCAACAGUUGGCUGACAGAUUACCGGAUGUUGGCCGCCUGUCGGUGUAGGGGAGCUGUUCUUCACAAUUACCUUAUCACAAAUGUAAUCCAGAAAUUAUUCUGCUGGCCUUGAAUAAAUGGAAACAGUCGGGAACUGCAUUUUUAAUUUAGCAACUGCAAGUGCUAUAAUUAUAAUCAUUUUUAAUCAUCAUUAAUAAUAGAUGGUAGACUUAGUAGAUGAACUAAUUAUGCAAAAGAGAAAGAUUCUUUCACACAUGCGAUUCUGUCAAUUAGAGAAGAUUGUAAGAUUUAUAUCUAGUAAAUUUGUGGAUAACCUAGAAAUUCUUUACUUUUACUCCUUUUGCCUGUAAACCAGAACAGCAAUAAAUUUGGUUGUAUGAA